AUGGCUUUAGUCACCUCAUUUCCUUUGAAAGAAGAAGAAACAACAAAGACAUCUUCUGUAGAUUUUUAUCCUUUGGGUUUAACCUCUUCUUAUGUCGAAACAGCAGACUCUAUUCAUGAAUCUAACACGGAUGAUAGCAACAGUACUUUGCAUCUUAUAAGAAGACACGACAGCGACCACAACGACAACCAUCAUUCUAAAAAGGACAAGGAUAAUUCCAUUAUUGAGAAUAACACAAAUACUACCACUGCCGAUCACUCAGCUUCUCCUUUUAGUGACCUUCAUUCCAAACAUAAACAUAAACAUCAUUCCAAACAUGAAUCCUCUUCUCAUCAUCAUCAUGAAGCAACGAAAAAGCAUAAACACUCGAAAAAGUCAAAGGAAUCCGAAAAGCACUCCAAGAAGGACUCCAAAAAGAAGUCUAAAAAGUCAAAGAAAUCCAAAAAGUCAAAGAAAUCCAAGAGUACAAAGGAAGGUGGUCUCAAGAAAUGUUACAAGAGAGCUCUCUUAACACAAUACUGGAUACCCAAGGAAGGUGAUGAAGAUAUGUUGAACGAUGGCAAAAUUGUAAAGUUGACCGGUCCAAAGACAAAAGAAUUAAAGACUACUUCUGGUGAAGUCAUUGCCAAAGUAUCCAAGAUAACUUAUGAGAAAUUUCAAAUGGAAGGUACAGGCUUACUUGAAAAUGGUGUUAUGGUCAAUUUGAAUAAAGGACGUCAUACAUUUAUGGUGAUUGAUCGAAAGAAGGAUAGUUAUGGCUUAGGCAGUAAAGGUGAUCCUUUAAUUCCCUGGGUCAGUGUAGCUUCAAAUGAUAUCAAAUAUGGUACCAAACUCUACAUUAAGGAAUUAGAUGGUGUCACUUUACCGGAUGGCAAAGUUCAUAACGGCUGUGUACGUGUCGAUGAUAAAGGUUGGAGCUUUGGUGAUUGUCAACUUGAUUUCUUUGUGUUACAAUUUACUGCUUAUCAAUCAUUAGAUAAAUAUUUACCCAAGAGAGUCACUGUGACAACGCAAGAAUGUACCAUCUUGAACUAUGUGACAGAAAGUGUAAAAGAAUGGGCUGUUUUAAAUAAUUAG